UCACGGCCACCUGAGAGUUCUGGCUCGGCACCGGUGGUGAGGAGUGGUUCCCACUUCCCAGUCUCUUUCUUUUCACAGCUGCAAAGUUCAGAGAGUUGAGCUGCAGUGCUUUGAGUUCACUGCUUAUUCUGCCACGGUCAACACUGUUGUAAAUCUUCCUCCCGGAACACGUGACGAUGCAUUUCUUGACUAUAUAUCCCCAGGACAGCAGCACAGCUGUCAGAGCGGAGAGCCGGACACAGAGGAGCAACGCUCUUGAACUCACCGAGUUAGGAAUUCAGGACUUGGGACAAACCGUCAACCUUUGACCCUGCCGUGUGUGCAGUGCUUCCGUGUGGAAGAUGGAGCCUCUGAACAGCACACACCCCAGCACCGCCGCCUCCAGCAGGCCCCUGCAGUCCCAUGUGCCCGGCAGUGGCAGCAGCAAUGGGAACGAGUAUUUCUACGUCCUGGUGGUCAUGUCCUUCUACGGCAUUUUCUUGAUUGGAAUCAUGCUGGGCUACAUGAAGUCCAAGAGGCGGGAGAAGAAGUCCAGCCUCCUGCUGCUGUACAAAGACGAGGAGAGGCUCUGGGGGGAGGCCAUGAAGCCGCUGCCCGUGGUGUCCGGCCUGAGGUCGGUGCAGGUACCCAUGAUGCUGAACAUGCUGCAGGAGAGCGUGGCGCCCGCGUUGUCCUGCACGCUCUGCUCCAUGGAGGGGGACAGCGUGAGCUCCGAGUCCUCCUCCCCGGACGUGCACCUCACCAUCCAGGAGGAGGUGGCAGACGACGAGCUGGAGGAGACUUCGGAGACGCCUCUCAACGAAAGCAGUGAGGGGUCCUCAGAGAACAUUCACCAGAAUUCCUAGCACCCCCGGGGCCCCUCAAGGUGGCUGCAUCAGCCAGCACCCUUAGAGAUAGGAAAGGUAAUUUUCAAGUGUCUGUUUCACUUUCUUCAGUGCAGCUGUCACUUUGAAAAGACCCCCAGAAAUGGGGUAGGGUGGGAGACAGGGCUCAUCCACAGGCCUCGAGGUCCUUACGCCCUGAAAACGUGCAGCGUGUACAUUUACUUUGGGGCCUGAGUGUGGGGUUCCCAUUCAGAACCUGGCAGACUGAUGUGCUUGUCCUUUUCUCACUGGUUGCCCUGGGUAAUUUUUGCACCAUCUUUCAAAUGCCUAGGGCGGGCUGAGGGACUAGUUGUGAUUUGCUCAUGGCCUAGAGCUCUGUUCUUCUAGAUGUGAUUGGCUGUAAGUAGCACUACUGCGUACCUGUGGUGUUAGAUCACAGAGGGUUACAGGCUUUUUUGGGAAGUCUUGGAUUAGAGGGGAAAAACUUGAUGGAGGAUUUUUUGAUGGGAGAAAACUAGAACUCUCAACCCAACCUGUUUGUACAAUGGAAGGGGGAAAAGGCAACUUUUAAACUUAUCAACAUUAGCUGAGUUCGUAAGAGAUGAACUGGUAUUGUGACUUGUGACGGUCCAGAAUGCUGGCACAACCUCCUGUGGUCAAAAGCUUCCGUAGAGUCUAUCCUCUAAAUGACCAUGCAGAAGGCUCUUCAGGAUCUUUCCAGAAGGGGUAAGAAUGACGGGGUUGAGCAAGGUCAUGCCAUUCCCUCUGCUGUUGUUCAUUUUCCCAGCCUAGUCUCUGAGCUGGGAGAAACAUACUAGGGGACCUUACAAUGUGGUAUUGUAUCACGCACACUCAAGCUGGGGUCCAAGUUCUGUGCCUCCAGAUUGAUAGUCAUUUGCUGUGUGGUCCUGGGCAUGUUGUCAAGAGGCUUAUUGGCUUCACGGCGCUCCAGAGGAUGUGCCGCCCCAGGGGGCCGGGAGGAUGUCUUUCGAUUUUAAACUCUGUGAUAAAUCCUCCAAGGCCUGGUGUGAAGAAGCUUGGACGAAAUGUUUCCCCUUUGGCCAGUUAGUCUGUAAAAAGGAUUUGUUGAUUUAAAGGAGCAGUUGGAGACUCUGAAUACAUGUGACUGGGGAAUUCAGGGCUAAUCACAAACCAGCUCUGUUGUAGUUUUCCCAGGAUUGGACCAAAGAGGCAGACACUGUACCACAUUUUGGUCUGCAAAGUUCUCUGCAUGGUGGGCUGUGAACACUCCCAGCUAAGGGAAGGAGAAGUCUAAAAGGAUAUCUCACAACUGCUUGCCAUGUACAGUAUUCCUGUCAUCAGUACCUUUGUAGCAGAAACUUUUAGCCCUUGAAGACAAGACACACCAAAAGGUCAAAUUUAGUCCUAGGAAAAAAACCUUUUGUUAUUAUUUUUUAAAACAUACUGUCCCUGGAUUGGAGACAUAAAAAGGAGGAUAGUUCCUAUGGAAGGGUUAACAGUGUUGGAACUGGUUUAUCAGUUUGCUUUGACAUGCAGCCAGAGGAAAUUUAUGUUUGGGGGAACAGGGUUAAAAUUCACUUUAAAAUUCAGAGUGUAGAUGUACGCCAAAGGGGGCCGUUUAAGUUGAAAGAAGCCAAGUUAAGUUUGGCCUGUUGCCUGGAAUCACUUGAAUUCUGAAACUUUACUGCGACGGACAUGUGCGGUGUCACAUUUUCCAUUGCUUAAUCCUGAAGUUUGGUGCAAGUCUAUCUGCGCCUGUUAAAAAGUGAUGUAUAUACUUCCUUCUUAUUCUAUUGAGUUGUAUAGAAUUGUCUUUUGUAUUUAACAGUUUGUAAUUUUCACAAUAUUUUUUAAUUUAAAUAAACAAACACAU